UCGGUGCGCAAGAGCGCGCCAGCGGAGCGCAGGCAAGCUUGCCGCCGCGCUGGGGACCCGGAUCUGGGCGCAUCGGUAGCGGAUCGCGGAGGGGAAUGCUCGCCCGGCUGGGCAACCGGCGUCCCGGGGAGACGGCGGGACUCUAGGCCGGCCGCCUUUGGGUUCCCGGGGGCGUCGCCGGCUGCGGAGAGGCGGAGAUGCGCCGUGCGGCCAUUCAAGAUCAAAAAUUCAGCAAUGACAAGGUUAUGGACUCCCAUUUCACAUGACGUGUGGUGGAUAUGAUCAGAAAUCGAAGCAAAUAAAAUGAUGUUGAGAGCCUGAAGAACAAGACUGGCAGACUGGCAGAGAACAGGGACAUGCGUUCCAAAGAGCCAAACAUUGUCGCCAAGAUCAAAAAUGUAACUGGAAUCUCCACCACCUAUUAAUCACUUCUCAAAGGACGCAAUCGAGGACUACCGGACGCCAUGACGGUCACCCUCGUCUGCGACCCCUCCGAAGCCACGGAGCUGUGCGCCUCCCAGCAGCUCUACCUGAAGCCGGUUGCGAAACUGACCAUCAGCGUGUGCUUCCCGGAACACACCGGAUCGACCCGGGCUUUCUCCAAGUGGGAAGUGAUGGACAAGCUGAAGAACCUGAUCUCCCCGGACCAGUUCACCAGCGUGAAAGUGUCCAAGAGCACCAAGGCCUUCAUCCGGUUUGAAGCAGAGGCCGAAACCAGGCGCUUGGUCUCCAGCCUGAAGGAGAAGCUCCACGGCCAGCGGAUCACGCUGAACGGAUUUAAGGAAGACCUGCAGGUGGUCGCUACGGAAACCCCUCCCGACGUCCCGCCUACUCAGGAAUCCGAGCCCCAGGACAAGGCCCCAAAACAGCCGGAGGAGGAGCCGCUAAGCCGGGCGGUUCCCGACUGCGUCCAUCUGGAAGGCCUGCCCUGCAAGUGGUUCGCCCCCAAAGGUUCGGAGAGCGAGACCCCCAGCGAGGAGGUCUUGAGGACGGUCUUUGGCGCUUUCGGGACGAUCAGGAACGUGGACAUCCCCAUGCUGGACCCCUACAGGGAAGAAACGGUGGGGAGGAGCAGGAACCACUUCGUUUUCCGCGGGAUGAGGUCCUUCGAGGCCUUUGUCCAAUAUCAAGAGUCCGAAUCGUUCUCCCGAGCCAUGGAGACCCUGAAGGGCAUGAAGCUGAUGUUCAAGGCCGACGAUGGCAAAGCUCUCGCCUGUAACAUUAAGGUGACAUCCGACGCCACUAAUCAUUUCAGUGAGAAUGCCAUAAAACAGAGAACCCUAGAGAGAUUAACCCUCCAAGGCCUAGAGCGAGAGAGAAAGAGAGAGGAGAACAGAGGGAGAAAAGGGACGGAAAGGGGUGCAACUCGGAAGAGGAGCACCCCAGGGGGCAUGCACACGCCGGGAAAUGAACUCCUGAUUUCCGGUAAAAAGACGGACGAGGAGGACAAGAAAGGUGGAGAAGGAAGGAGGCGGUCUAAGAUCAAGAGGCGGGGAAAAAGGCGGAUUGACCGCGAGGAGAAACGCCCCAGGAAGCAUCUGAAAGCAACAGCUCCAGAAGGACUCAACUCCCAAGACCCGCCCGAGUGGGAGGAAAGAAAAUAUCUCUUGGCUCAGAGAAGGGUGGAAUCCAUCCGACUCCUCACUGUGCUGCUAAGCCAAAUACAAAAUUUGUGCUGUCCUCUGGACAAAUGGAGGCCCAUCUUCCGGAGCCCCAACCCGAAGAGGAGAAGAUUUCCUCCACCCCUCCCGGAGGACGCACACGAGGAGGACGGGACGGAUGUGCCUCACCUUGAACAUCCAGAAGCGGAGGAUGAGACUCAGCCUGUCUGUCCCGCUGCCCUGCUGGAAAACGUGGCGAUCGAAGAAGAGAAAGAAGAGCAGUUCCUGGCUGAAGACUUUCCCGCCUCCCCUCCUUCCUUCGGGAGAGCUCUUUCGAACGAACCCGCCGCCAGGGCCGUCACCAGCCACUUCACGGAGAACGUUAUACACCCUUUUCAUGCCGGGGGUUUGCUGCAAGUCACAGUCACUCAGGACUGCCACGCGAUCGAGUCGUCCCCCGAAAGGUGGGAUUACCUGAGGCCCCACUUGGGUUCCUUCAAGGAUGCUCCCGACGCAGCCCGGGAGAAGAAGCAAAAGGUUUAUGAAACAGAUGAAUUCAUACAUUAUUUACUGAACUACUACCAAACGCCCCGAUACGCACGGAUCUGCCCCAGCGCACAAAGCCCAUCGGAUACCUCUUGGUGGAACAGGGUGGUGUCCUGUUCCGGAGAUGGCUUCCGGGUCAAACUGAAGAAUAGAGACGAGGACUCUUGGCGGGAAGAGAGUUUAGGAUCGGAUCUCCCUGAAAACGAGCCUCGGGAGGAUAAGGAGGGCGACCCCUGGGAAAUGAUCGACAGACAUCCGAGCCUGGAAGACCAGGCAUGCCCUCAGGAGUUUAGUGAAAGUUACCAGGGAGAAUGGGACGAUUCCCUGGAGGAGGACAGUGUCGGCUCCCCGCCGGACAUCUUGCGUAGCCCCACCCCAGCAGGAAGCAACAACAUCGCUCACCCGAAGACGCCCCAGGAACAAACGACUGCAAUGACGGCCUUGUCCUCUCCCACGAUGUACAAACUGAAAGAUCUGCUGGAAGAGAUCAGCAGCGAUUCGGAAUAUUUCAGCGAGGCCUUUAACGAACCCCGGAACACGCCGGAGCAAAGAAACGGCGGCUACCAAGGCAGCGGCAAGACGUGGCCACUCCGCCGCCAGCAGAAGGCCCAAGAGCUCUUGAUACGGGUCCAGAACGUGCGCCGCGAGGGCCACGGCGGGAGACGUACCUCCCGCAGCUUCUGCUCCAGCGCGGAAGGGUGCGAUUCCCCCGGAAUGAAGCCCAAGGCAAGGUUCGAGAGACCCGUCGGGCAACUCUGCUACGAAGAGCCGAAAUUCCAGUGGCUGUCCAGCGAAGAGGAGCGAGACCUCAGCUGGAAGAAGAAGAAGAAGAGGAAACGGUUCUCCGACAGCCCCUUCCAGGAUGAGGAGGCUCUGUUCCCCGAAACCAACCACCGCGGAGAGCUGGAGUCCUUCAGCGAGAUCCAGAGGAAAUGCAGCAAGCUCAUCCAUCACAAAGUGAAAUGUAAGACUCUCCGGGCCUUGGAUGGGACAGUCAACAUAAAAGACCUCCUCCGUUUCGGUGCCUCUCAACUGCAGGAGGAAGCUCGCCAGGUGGCGACGGACAAGGGGAACGCGGACGUCGGCGAGAGAAGGCGCAGAGCCGAAGAGCGGCAGAGACUUUCCAGGCGCCUGGUGGAGAGGUGAUAAAAGAGACCAGCUCAGGGAUGGAGUAAGAAACGGCGGGAUGUGUAGACGGAAGAAGGUGGCCUCCAAAGAACUUGGCGGAUAAAGCAAGUCAACGUUGAACGGCCCUCCUAGAAGGGGCCAACAAGACCUCCCCCUCAACUCUUGGGGGUUCCUUGCCUUUCUCCCCUCCUGCUUUGUAGGGUCCUUUCCAAUGGAGAAGAAGCUGGAAAUGGUGUCCUCUGGUCUCCCGUUGAAAUAAUCCAGCUCAGCUCGUGCCUGGACUCCGUCUACGGGGGUGGGGGAAACCUUGGGGGGGGAUGGAGGAAUGGGGUGGGAUGGAGGUUAGUUUGGUUGAUUCCGACAGACGGUGGGAACCUUGGAAACAAUUCGAGUAGAAGUUCGUAUUAGGUCAUUUUAUACCAGCCCUCUAAAAGGGCUUCUCUGCAGAGCCUGAACUUUGAUAAUAUAUUGCCUUGGGGCUGGUUGGAGUGUGUGUGUGUGUGUGUGUGUUUGUUUAGCUUUGGGUGCGCGGGGUCUCCUGCAUGCUGGGAAAGGAAGAGCAGCAUGGGCGAGACAUUCCUUGCUUCCUAAAAAUAGGUGGCAGAGAGUCGAUUUACCAGACUUGAGGUCCGUACGAACUCCCCCUUUUUUUUUUUUCCUUUGAACGACCGUACAAUUCGGGAAGUCGUGCGUGGUCCCCCAACAGCUCCAAAAAAAACUUUUUAAAGUCCUCCCCCCCCCCCCCCCCAAUUCAAGACCGAGCGUCUCCCCAAUAUGGUCAGAAAGAGAAACGAGGCAGGAGAGAGAGAAAAUACCGUAUUUGUAACAGGCAGAAAAGGAAAAUGUUUUUUUAUAAUUUAACGACAAACCACCACCACCACCCCAAGAUUAGAAAAGCUUUAUCCAGGAUUGCACAGGGUGAAAUUUUCUCCGAUCUCUGCUACUUAACGGGAUUCCCCCUUUGGAAAACCAGCUUACCAAGAUAUUCGUUUUUCUGCUGCUGCCUCAUUGUUAUUCUGCCCACAAGUUUUGCAUUGACUCCCGCCCUGAUCUGAGAAAAAAAAAACUCUUUAAUCUUCAUGGAGUGAAGAUGACCUCCAGAAUUACGGGGCUCCCCCUCCUCUCCCUGCAUUGCUGAUCUAAAUAAUCCCCUUGAAACGGCCACCAGAUCCCGGAUGGCCGAAGAAACGCUGAUAGGGAGGAAGGUACCGGCCCUUCCCACGUACUGGACUGAACAGCAUCUUUGGAGGAUGCUGGGGUUUAAAAUGGCAGAAACUGAAAAAGCAUGAAAUCUAGCUAGUGCCCUCUCUUGUCGGCAUGUCCACCAUCCUCAGCUGCUCUUCUGGUUUCAGGUGCACACGCUGGUCUCACGGGCGCCAGAGCAUCAGAAAAUGGCAUAAAAACACCCCCCAAAAUGGCACAACCUAGCUGGUUUCCGGCACUCUGGCGGGCACACAUGCACAAGCAUGCACGCGUGUUCUGGUUUGGGCACAGUGCCAAAAGUGUUCGCCAUCGCUGACCUAAACGUUUCAAUCUUGCAGCUCCCCGUCUGAGCACCAUUGUGGCUUUCUUUGAGCUCCUCUUGCAAAUCUUCAUUGCAUCCACUUUGAUCCUGAUUGAACGUAUUAUGCCCAGGAAACUAGAGUCUCCACCUGAGAUAGGUGGACAUGGCUUUCACCCCCAGGGAAGCCCUCCCGAGGGUCUCCUCCAGUGUAGGCCUUCCCUUCCUUUGUUGGCGUGUUGCCGAUUUAGUGACUUUGCAAGAGCCACGCAGUGUGUUUCGGGCAGGUUUGUUUGUAGGAAAAUUCUCACAUAGAGUCUUUUCCACAGAGACCUCCUUGGCAUCCGUGGCACAAAAGUUGGUUUAAACGGUAAAAAACGGAGUUACGGAAACUUUUCUUGAUGUUUGGGAAGCCCGUUAGCAAGACAAAAACCUCCGGGGUGGUGUUAAAUUGCUCGAAACAAACACAGGACUGGUGAAAACUGAAGGGACCCCCCCCCCUUUAAAUGGGGCCGUCACCACAUUUGAUGAUUUGGCCCUUCUUUGAGUGCGCCUACCAAAUGGUCUCACUCUGGAUCAUCGCAGGACCAUAAUUUCCUAGAGAACAAUUCCAUGCAAGGGGGGGGGGGGGGCGGGGGGAAACAAGGACAUUUGGGUUCCAGUUUUCCCUUCACUUUUAACGUGAUUUAUUUAUUCCACGUCAUAGUACUUUUUCGUGAUAUGACUUAGCUAGCAUACGUUUGUUGAACUUGGG